AUGGACAAGCAGUCGCAACCAGUAGAUGCCGAAAUCAACGCUCAAAUGGCGAGUUACGAAGAAAAAAUCCAAAGGAUGCAGCAUCUCAGCAUCCGUUUGAUUAAUGAUCCCACGAAUGAGAGUUUGCAAGAACUCGGAGGAGCUAUAUGGAGACUCUGGAAAGCCAACACCGAGAUGAACCGAGCAAUCGAAGCGGGACUUCCAAACAACGCUUCGUCUGCAAAAGUAAACACUGAUGAAGAAAAGCUACAGUCGAAGAAGAGGUAA